GCUUUCCAUGCACUUUCGCUUUCCCCCGUUCGUCCCUUUUUGUGCGACCGAUGAUGGUGAUGCAGAGGGGAAAAGCACACGGUGCGCUAGAAUUUUGAGUGUGAAAGGGCGAAAGCAGUAGCUUUUGAAGAUGGGUUUUGCUGCUGUUUACCAAUGCCUACAGGAACUAUUCCCACAGCUCGAUGCGCGCUUGCUGAAAGCGGUUGCUAUUGAGCAUCCUAAAGAUGCUGAUGCAGCUGUGGAAGUCAUUCUUUCUGAAGUUCUUCCUCAUAUGGUACAAAAGGAAAAAAUUGCUGAUUCUCGCUCUGAGAAUAUGAGUUCACUUGGCCAUUCAGAUGGAGAAGUUGAAUCUGAUGAGCAAGCUUCAUUAUCAAGGCGCCGACAUAUGUCUAAGAGGGUAACUGUGAGUUCUUUGGAGACGAAAGACGUGUCUAAUGGAAUUGGUAAUGCUGCUAACAGUGCAGGCAAUUCUGUGGAUGCUGAUUCUACAUUUGGUGAUGAGUGUCCUUUCUACGAUGCAAAUGAUGGGAAUGAUCAUCCAGGUAGAGCUGUUGAUAAUGAAGCCUUGAUUGUAUCUGAAAGUAGUCAAGAAAUGAGUGUUGUUCAAGCAGAUAAAAGUUCUGAAGUCUGGAAACAUUCUGGUUUGCAUCCAUGUGAUGCUAUUGACGACAAUGAGGAAUGUGGAAAUGCUGAUGGUGAAGAGUUAAUUUUGUUAGGUAUGGAGAAAGUUCUGGAGCCUAUGCCAGUGUCCAAAAAUGUUCUGGAGCCUAUGCCAGUGUCCAAAAAAGUUCUGGAGCCUGGCCCUACUAAUGGCACAUCUUCAAGUUCUUAUCUGGUGUCACUCCCUUCAAACUGUGAAAGUGGCUGGUUGAGCAGCAGUUGGCAUAUUGAUUCGAAAGGUUCUAGUUAUUCUGAUGCUGGUGUUGGAGAAAAGAGCUCUGACUUGGAAACAUUUUUGUCUGAGGUUGAGAAUGCUGAUGUUGAACUGGCGUUGCUUUCUCCUCAAGAGCAUUCCUCAGAGGCUCCAAGCUGCGUAUCUGACAUUGAUACUGAUGCUCACGGAAAUAACUGUGCUGAUGGGAAUGUAGAAUUUGAAUUUGAAUCUAGUGCUGUUGCUCAGAAGCUAGGACUCAGUUGCACUGACACUGUUGAGGUGGAUGAUGAUCCUCCGCUGAACAUGACUCGCUCUGGACAGAUUUGCAGUGUUGAACUUCUUGAAGAGAUCAUCGAGGAUGCGAAGAAUAAUAAGAAAACUUUGUUCUCAGCAAUGGAAUCGGUUAUGAACAUGAUGAAGGAAGUUGAAGAGCAGGAGAGAGCUGCAGAAGUAGCCAAAGAGGAAGCUGCUAUGGGAGGUCUUGAUAUUUUAAGCAAGGUGGAAGAACUGACAAAGAUGCUGGCACAUGCCAAGGAAACUAACGAUAUGCAUGCUGGAGAAGUGUAUGGGGAGAAGGCAGUUUUAGCAACUGAAGUCAGGGAGCUACAGUCUCGUUUGCGCAGCUUGUCAGAUGAAAGAGACAAGUCUCUUGCUAUUCUUGAUGAGAUGCAUGAAGCUCUUGAAUCUAGACUUGCUGCUGCUGAGGAGGUGAUGAAAGCUGCUGAGAAUGAAAAGCAGGAAAAAGAAGAGGAGGCACAAAGCGCUCUAGCCGAACAAGAAGCCAUAAUGGAGGUGGUGGUUCAAGAAUCAAAAGUACUACAAGAAGAGGCGGAGGAGAAUUCCAAGCUAAGGGAGUUUCUUAUGGAGAAGGGGCGAAUUGUUGACAUAUUGCAAGGCGAAAUAUCGGUUAUUUGUCUGGACGUGAAGUUCCUUAAAGAGAAGUUUGAUGAGCGGGUUCCCCUAAGUAAAUCUGUUUCCUCUAGCCAAACUAGUUGCCUUUUGGCCUCAUCUAGCUCUUCUCGGAAAAGCACGUCCUCGAAUCCAAUUCUUGACGAAGCUGAAACAUGCGGGACACCAAACAAGAUUGCCGAGACAGCCAUGAUCAAGGACCUAUUGCCCGAGACAACUUUCGAAGAGGAGAAAAGCAGAGUCGAUCUGAAAGAGCUUACAGAUUUAGGGUGGGAGUUCUUUGAUAAGGACACUGAAUUCGGCAAUGGGAUUCUGAGCCCAACUGCUAAUGGAGAAUUUAGGGGCUUCAAAUCGGACAUCCAUGGUUGCCAUUGAUGAACUCGGAGAGCUUUUUCAAUUGUUUAUUUUUCAGUCCCUUUUGCUGAAUAAUUGGAGAAUCUGGGUUGUUUUGGAUAUACUGGUAGAAAUCUUAGCAGUUAGCACCCUGCGAUUAAAUCAUAUUUUGGGACUUUAGGUGCAGCUCUUUUACUCUUUUAUGUAUAGCUUAAAUAAGGACGACUACUCUGAAUAUUGCUGUACAGCGUUCCUAUUGUUACUAUUCGGUAAUCCCAGCACUACUAAAACUUUUGGAAAGCA